CUCGACGUUUUCGCACCACCACCAGCCAGGAUCUCAAAGCAGCAGCGACAGCAGCCAUCGGCUGUUUCCUCGUCGCGAUGCGCCCUCAAAUCGCUCUGUCUGCACUGACGGCCAUCAGUGCCGCAGCGACGGGACAUGAUCUGCGCGGGGCGCCCUGUUUCGAGGCAUGCCAGAUGGUCAUCCGACCCCUCGAGUUCACCGAUGCAAAUGGCAUAGGCGGCUCGCCGAAAUUGAGGAUGUGUCGCAGCCGGAUUUCAGUCACGUCGCUGUACUUGUGCACGAAGGUGUAUUGCACGCCGGAGGAGAGGACGUCGGGAUUGGAUGCGCAUAAUGAGACGUGUCGGACGUCCGUGCAAGUCCCGCUUCCGCCGUUUGAGGAAGUUCUGGCUAAUUAUACGGAGGAUGAGAUCGCACUUGUGCAAAGGUUUGGGCAGGAUGAGUGGGAGGACAAGAAGAGGUUCGAGGAGGCUGUGGUUGCGGAGGAUGGCUUCUUUGAGUUGGCUUAUAAUACGAUUGCCUCUUGGUCAUACGUUUAUCGACAUCAUUACAUAUACGGGUCCGCAGUGGUCGUGUUUUGGGUCCUGGUCAUGGCCAUUGGCCUGCUCAGCCGUCUCGUGGUGUCACUAGGUUGCACUGGCAUGGCGAAACGACGAGGGUGGCAAGCAAUCCCUCUCGGCGAACCUGGGGACGAUGCUCGUCAGGUUGACAAGGAAGCAAGAAGUCCCAGCCAUCUGUAUCUUUGGUGGAAGCGACACGUGUCAAUACCCGCUGCAUUCGGAUACCGCAAUGCCCAGCCGUUCGGGUGGUACACGGUUCCUCCACGAAUACAGAGCUUGAGUAUCUUGGUCUUUAUUGCCAUCAAUAUUUUCUUCUGUGUCCACGGCUAUCACAUCUUUCCGGGCAACCUGUACUAUCCUGAUGUAUGGCCGCAAGCAUGGCGGUACAUAUCAGACCGCACAGGCAUCGUAUCCUUUGCCAAUUUCCCGAUCAUCUGGCUUUUUGGCAUGCGGAACAACCUGAUGAUGGAACUGACCGGCUGGGACUUUGGAACGUAUAAUAACUUCCAUCGAUGGGUGGCGAGAGUUUCGACAGUGCAAGCCGUCGUUCACUCAAUCGGUUACACUAUCCUAGUAUUUGAUAGCGGGGGCUGGACUCAGUUUGCGCAAUACUGGACUGAACUGUGGUGGAUUACUGGAGAAAUGGCAACGAUAACCAUGUGUACCCUGCUGCCCUUAUCACUCUACUGGAUGCGCCGAAACGCCUACGAAGCCUUCCUAGCCCUGCACAUCGCGCUUUCUGUGCUGGUCUUGUUUUCCAUGCUGGGCCACAUUUCGAGUUUUGGAUUUCCUUGGGACCGUCUAUUCUGGGUUUCUUGCUCUAUAUGGGCCCUCGAUCGCAUUAUGAGGGUAACGCGCACUCUCGCAUUCAACCGCGCCUUCUGGAAUACCCGUGCCAAAGCUACUUACGAUCCAGACUCUAACAUGGUGCGUCUCUACAUCCCAUGCUCCCAAAGCCUGUAUCGUCCAAGGCCAGGUACAUACUACUACUUGCACCUCCUAAGCGACGCCCGUUUCUGGGAAAGCCACCCCUUCACCAUGGCCUCAAUCAGCAACGACGACGGCCGCGCCAGGGCAACUAGCCUCCGUCCCAACUCCGGACUUGCCGAGGAAGCGGCGGCCCUCCUAUCCCAGGAUACUCUCCUCGAGGAAGAAUAUCCCCGCAACGAGAAUCUCACCAUGUUGUUCCUCAUCCGCCCCUACGAUAGCUUCACUGGCCGUCUCCGCGACGCCGCCGCCGCUUCCUGGCCUCGUCCCGCUUCAUUGCGCAUGCUCGUUGAGGGACCUUACGGCCGCUCGCAGCCCCUCCACCAGUUCGAAACGGUCCUCUUCGUCGUCGGUGGCAGCGGAAUUGUGGUCCCGCUUGCACAUCUGUCCUCUCUCACCAAAAGCACCGCGAAAACUAUCCGCAUCGUGUGGGCAGUGCGCGAGCCCGCCUUUGCGGGCGUUGUUGCCAAGGAAGAUUUUGGUAACGUCUUGUUUGACGAGAAGUUGGGGCUAGAUGUAUACAUAACGCGGCCUACGACGAGGGAGCGGAGGGUUGAGUUGCCGAAGGAGGUCAGGGUCAUGCGUGACAGACCGGAUGUGCAUGCGGAGAUUGAGGAUGCGGUGAGGGAUUUUGGGGCAAGGGGGAGUAUUGCGGUGGUGGCGUGUGGGCCGGCCAGAAUGGCGGAUGAUGCGAGGAGGGCGGUGGUGGAGAUUUUGGGGAGCGGAGCGGAUGUAGAGUAUUUUGAGGAAAGCUUCAGAUGGUGAUUCCUGGGAGGUAGCGUUUUGCUGUUUAAGGUCCAUGGGAUAGAUAUAAAGACCGCAUACUGCAUAGAAAUUAUAGCAUAGUUCUGCGUUAGGCACGAAGGAAUGCCCCUUUUUGACGGGAUUAUGUCACCCUUUUACAGGGCCCUAUUUAGAGUUUAAUACCUAGGUACUUCAGUCAGUUGCCAAUUGUACGUAGAAUUUAGAGAUAUAAAUAGUGAGGAUGAAAAAAAAACGUGAACCUGAGACUUUGGUUUUUAUUUAUAUAUAAUACCCUGCUCGAGUAUCUAAGGUCGUGACCCCUUAACGAUGUACUCAGACCUGUGUGGCCAAGUCGGGGAGGAGCCCCACGUCCAGCGCAGUGUAUUAUUGUCACUUAAACAAGAAGUACCAGCAAUACUUCCCUGUUAAAAGGCCUAACCACAUACAACGCCUGCAACACGUAGAUGGGUUAGAGUGCAUACUAAGAU